AUGUCUAUGGAUUUAAGAGUUGGAAAUAAGUAUCGCAUUGGACGCAAGAUUGGGUCUGGAUCCUUUGGCGACAUUUAUCUCGGCACAAAUAUUAUCACAAGCGAGGAAGUUGCCAUCAAGCUGGAAUCAGUAAAGGCAAAACACCCACAGCUUGAAUACGAAACCAAAGUUUACAAAGCACUAUCAGGUGGUGUUGGAAUUCCAUUUGUUCGGUGGUAUGGUACAGAAUGCGAUUACAAUGCUAUGGUCAUGGAUCUCUUGGGACCUUCUCUGGAAGAUCUUUUCAACUUUUGUAACCGAAAGUUCACUCUAAAGACUGUGCUGCUGUUAGCCGAUCAGAUGCUUUCGCGUAUCGAAUACAUUCACUCCAAGAACUUUAUCCAUCGCGAUAUCAAGCCAGACAAUUUUCUCAUGGGUAUUGGCAAACGUGGAAACCAGGUUAACGUUAUCGACUUUGGAUUGGCCAAAAAGUACCGUGACCCACGCACACACCUCCAUAUUCCAUACAGAGAAAACAAGAACUUGACUGGUACUGCUCGUUAUGCCAGUAUCAACACACAUUUGGGCGUAGAACAAUCUAGACGAGACGAUUUGGAAUCCCUGGGCUAUGUGCUCAUGUACUUCUGCCGUGGUUCUUUGCCCUGGCAGGGACAAAAGGCAGCCACCAAAAAGCAAAAGUACGAUCGAAUCAUGGAAAAGAAGAUGACCACACCCACCGAGCUGCUUUGUCGUGGAUUCCCAAGUGAAUUUGCCAUCUACCUCAACUACACACGCUCUCUUAGAUUUGAUGACAAGCCAGACUACAGUUAUCUGCGCAAACUAUUCCGGGAUCUAUUUGUCCGAGAAGGGUUCCUCUACGACUAUGUAUUCGAUUGGACCGUUGUCAGGAUUGUAAGCAACAUUUCUUUAUAG